AUGGGCACGGUGCCAGACGGAGACGGCCAUGGGGUCCCAGCUAGGGGCAAGCUGGUGUUUGCUGGCCGCAGGGGGUUCCCGCGGCCCCUCAACUCUGCCAGCCUGCACCCCACCAAGGCCCUGCUGCCAUCCAGCACGGACCCAUCUGAGCAGCAGCAAGGGGUCCCCACGGACGGGGAGGGGGCAGAGCCCCGAGCCAACCUCACCACUGUGUCCGACAAACGGUUGCAAAUCCAGAACCCCUUGUACCCGGUGACGGAGAACUCCUACAGUGCCUAUGCCGUGAUGUUCCUGUCCCUCAUCGUCUUCGCAGUGGGCAUCAUUGGAAACCUCUCUGUGAUGUGCAUUGUGUGGCACAACUACUACAUGAAGAGUGCCUGGAACUCCAUCCUGGCCAGCCUGGCUUUCUGGGACUUCCUCAUCCUCUUCUUCUGCCUGCCUGUGGUGAUCUUUAACGAGAUCACCAAGAAGAGGCUGCUGGGGGACGUGUCCUGUCGCAUCGUGCCCUUCAUGGAGGUGUCAUCGCUGGGAGUCACCACCUUCAGCCUCUGCGCUCUGGGCAUCGACAGGUUCCACGCGGCCACCAGCCCCCAGGCCAGCGCCCGGCCCAUCGAGCAGUGCCAGUCCAUCAUUGCCAAGCUGGCUGUCAUCUGGGUGGGCUCCAUGACACUGUCGGUGCCGGAGAUCCUGCUCUGGCAGCUGGCGCAGGACACAUCGCCCGUGUCCGGCGUGGUGACGGAGUAUUGCACCAUGAAGCCCUCAUCCAACCUCCCCGAGUCUGUCUACUCGCUGGUGCUCACCUACCAGAACGCUCGGAUGUGGUGGUACUUCGGUUGCUACUUCUGCUUGCCCAUCCUCUUCACCGUGAGCUGCCAGCUGGUGACCCGGAGGAUCAGCGGCACCGAGAAGAAGACCGAGUGCCGAGGGACCAAGCACAGCCAGUGCGAGAGUCACUUGAACUGCACCAUCAUCGGGCUGACCAUCAUCUACGGGCUCUGCACCACCCCUGAGAACGUCUGCAACAUCGUGGUGGCCUACAUGUCCCCCGACAUGUCCAAGCAGACCUUGGACCUGCUCAACCUCAUCAACCAGUUUUUCCUAUUCUUCAAGUGCUCGGUGACACCUGUCCUGCUCCUGUGCCUCUGCAGACCCCUGGGCCAGGCCUUCAUGGACUGCUGCUGCUGCUGCUGCGAGGGCUGCAGCCCCGACACGGCUUCCAGCGAGGGCAGUGCCGACAGCAAGCUCAAAACGGAGAUGUCUUCCUCCAUCUUCUUCGACAAGCCCCGGGAGUCCCCCCCACCCCUCCUGGCCCUCGGCACACCUUGCUAA